CCGACCGAGAGAGCCCUGAUUAUUGUGAAUAUGUUGCUGUCGCUAGCCAAGAUAUUCUGCCCGGCAUAUCAGUGCUUUCAUGCCUUAAAGAUUAAGAAAACUUACCUACCUCUGUGUGCUACAAGAUUGUCUUCAACUUCUGUUGUACCUCGGAUUACUACCCACUACACAAUUUAUCCCCGAGAUAAGGACAAACGAUGGGACGGAGUGAACAUGGAGAGGUUUGCAGAGGAAGCGGAUGUAGUAAUAGUUGGUGGAGGCCCUGCAGGGCUCUCUACAGCUAUUCGUCUAAAGCAGUUGGCUGCUGAACAUGAAAAGGAUAUCCGUGUGUGUCUAGUGGAGAAAGCUGCACAGAUAGGAGCUCAUACGCUCUCAGGAGCCUGCCUUGAUCCAUGUGCUUUUGAAGAACUGUUCCCAGACUGGAAGGAGAAAGGGGCACCCCUUAAAACUCCUGUAACACAAGAUUCUUUUGGAAUUUUAACAGAGAAAUAUAGAAUUCCUGUACCAAUUCUCCCAGGUCUUCCAAUGAAUAAUCAUGGCAAUUACAUUGUACGCUUGGGACAUUUAGUGAGCUGGAUGGGACAACAAGCAGAAGCCCUUGGUGUUGAAGUGUACCCUGGUUAUGCUGCUGCUGAGAUUCUUUUUCAUGAAGAUGGUAGUGUAAAAGGGAUUGCCACUAAUGAUGUAGGGAUUCAAAAGGAUGGUGCACCAAAGACAACAUUUGAAAGAGGACUAGAACUACAUGCCAAAGUCACCGUUUUUGCAGAAGGUUGUCAUGGUCAUCUAGCCAAGCAGCUAUAUAAGAAGUUUGAUUUGAGGGCCAAUUGUGAUCCCCAAACCUAUGGAAUUGGACUAAAAGAGUUAUGGAUUAUUGAUGAAAAGAAGUGGAAACCUGGGAGAGUAGAUCACACUGUUGGCUGGCCCUUGGACAGACAUACUUAUGGAGGAUCUUUUCUCUAUCAUUUAAAUGAAGGGGAACCCAUGAUAGCUCUUGGCUUUGUGGUUGGUCUAGAUUAUCAAAAUCCAUACCUGAGCCCAUUUAGAGAGUUCCAGAGGUGGAAACACCAUCCCAGCAUUCAGCCAACGCUAGAAGGUGGAAAAAGAAUUGCAUAUGGAGCCAGAGCUCUCAAUGAAGGUGGUUUUCAGUCUAUACCAAAAUUGACCUUCCCUGGUGGGUUACUAAUUGGUUGUAGUCCUGGUCUCCUGAAUGUUCCCAAGAUUAAAGGCACCCACACAGCAAUGAAAAGUGGAAUUUUGGCAGCAGAAUCUACUUUUAAGCAACUAACUAGUGAAAAUCUCCAAUCAAAGACAAUAGGACUCCAUGUAGCAGAGUAUGAAGACAAUUUGAAGAAAUCAUGGGUGUGGAAAGAGCUCUAUGCUGUUAGAAAUAUAAGACCAUCCUGCCAUGGAAUCUUGGGUAUAUAUGGAGGGAUGAUUUACACUGGAAUAUUUUACUGGAUAUUUAGAGGAAUGGAGCCAUGGACUCUAAAACAUAAAGGUUCUGACUCUAGUCAGCUAAAGCCAGCCAAGGAUUGUACACCUAUUGAGUAUCCAAAACCUGAUGGACAGAUCAGUUUUGACCUCUUAUCAUCUGUGGCUCUGAGUGGUACAAAUCAUGAGCAUGACCAACCAGCACAUUUAACCCUGAAGGAUGACAGCAUACCUGUAAAUAAAAAUCUAUUGAUCUAUGAUGGACCCGAACAGCGAUUCUGCCCUGCAGGAGUUUAUGAAUUUGUUCCUUUGGAACAAGGUGAAGGAUUUCGGUUACAGAUAAAUGCUCAGAACUGUGUGCAUUGUAAAACAUGUGAUAUUAAAGAUCCAAGUCAGAAUAUUAACUGGGUGGUACCCGAAGGUGGUGGAGGACCUGCUUACAAUGGAAUGUAAAUGACAACUGAUUUCAUUUGCAAGUACAUUUGAUAGCCAGUUCUUUAAAAUGUAUGGCAAACUAACUUUAAAAUGUGUAAAGGCUAACAAGUAUCAAAGUAUCUUACAGUGUAUGAUUGACCAGAAUGUUCACAAAAUAACUUAGUGAAAUAAAAAUUUUAUACUAUACCAAAAAUUGUCCCAUAAA